AUGUCAAAUCAACUGGACGAAUACGAACAAUUCGGUCGUCAGGAAGAGUGCGAUUUAUUAUUCCUCCAGAAACAUCUGGACCAAUAUGGGACUGAGUUCUACGCCAUCCAACUCGAGUUAGAAGAAUUAACCGAGGAGGAAAACGCACGCGGUACCGACAUGUCGGACCAAUAUUUAAAUAUACGAUUACGGAUAAACCACCUAUUAAAAGGCGCCAAUUCAUUAAAACUCAACCAACGGAAAUGUUCGGUCCCAAUCGGAACGCUCAACACGUUGCCGACGACCUCGAAACGCUACAUCACGGCCACGAUCACCCCCAUUGACGGCACAUACGAACGCACGGUGACGUUCCUAAUCAUACCGACAAUAUCGACUUGGGUCCCAUAUCAACCCGUAGAUCGCUCAACGAUACAAAUACCUAGGAAUCUCCAACUAGCCGAUCCAAGAUUCCAUAGAUCUGCUUCGAUUGAAAUCUUAUUGAGCGCCGGACCAACACUAGUAUCACUCUGUGUCGGCCAACUGGAUAUCAGUCAAUCAAACGGGCCCGACUUGCGUCUGCAAAAAACGCGAUUUGGAUGGGUCAUCGGGGUGAGCCCAACCUCGCAAUCAUCAUCAUACGCAUUUCACGCCUCCACGGCGGCUUUACAGGCGGACCUCGCCCGUUUUUGGGAAAUCGACGAAGGACCGCCCGCUGCACACAUUUCGGAAGCGGAACGACAAUGCGAGGAGCACUUUCGAAAUCACGUUCAACGCACCAACGAAGGACGAUACAUUGUCGCUCUCCCAUUUAACGAAACAACUCCUUCGCUUGGAUGCUCUAAAUCCAUGGCGAUGAAGCGACUCACAUUCCUCUGCCGUCGAAUCCAACGAGACAAACGAUUCGAAGUUGACUAUCACGCCGUAAUACAAGAAUACUUGGAAUUAGGACACAUGACGAAGAUUACCACGGACCACUGCACGGACGACGGAUAUUUUCUGCCACAUCACGGCGUGAUCAAAGAGUCCAGCCAAACUACAAAACACAGAGUUGUGUUUGACGGAUCUGCACCAACCACCGCCGGAGUUUCAUUAAACAACGUAUUUCAUACGAGACCGAAACUACAAGAUGACGCAUUUUUCAUUCUUCUAGGAUUUCGUUCUCAUCAAUACGGCAUUACAGGCGAUGUUGAAAAAAUGUAUCGACAAUUUCUUGUGCGCCCAGAGGAUCGGAAAUUCCAACAAAUUUUGUGGCGCAACUCUGAUGAAGAUGUUGACAACUAUCAACUUAACACAGUGACAUUCGGGCUGUCAGCGGCCCCUUAUCUAGCCAUUCGGUGCCUCAAACAACUGGCGGACGCCGAGGGACUUCGGUACCCACGAGCGGCGAUGGUCUUACAGCGAGACUUCUACGUCGACGAUGUUCUUACAGGAGUUGAUACAAAGGUCGAGGCACGAUCAUUGAGAAGGGAGAUCACAGAAUUGCUUAAACUAGCCGGCUUAAACAUUCUAAAAUGGGUAUCGAACGACCGGGAACUGCUACGAGGACUUUCCGAGCAGGACAUAAACGAUAAGCUGUUACUAGGCGAAUCGCAAACCUUCAAAACUCUGGGUGUUAACAAUCAGCUCCGAAAUCGCCAAGAUCUACAACCCUCUUGGAUUACUGGCACCAGUGAUCGUUCGAGCUACGAUGCUGCUCCAACGAUUUUGGACAUUAAAAAUAGAUUGGCACGAAUAUCACAAGGUGACUUACAUACAGAAUGGAGCAAAUACUAUGCACAGCUACCAUUGCUAAAUAACGUAAAGUUUCCACGUAAAACUAUAAUCAAGACUGCAGCGGAAAUUGAGUUACACGGGUUCUGUGAUGCCAGCGAAAGGGCGUAUGGGGCAUGCGUUUAUCUUCGCACCAUCACUCCGGAUGGUCAUGUCUGGACACAACUCCUCACUGCAAAGUCAAAGGUGGCUCCGCUCAAAUCACAAACCAUUCCAAGGCUGGAACUGAGUGGAGCACUUCUUCUCACAUCAUUGGCCACUACAGUCCUUCAAGCCUUACCAAGCAGCAUUCCUCGGACCGUUUAUUGGACUGAUUCUACAAUCGUUCUUCAUUGGAUUAAUACAUCACCCCAUACGCUGAAAACCUUUGUCGCUAAUCGUGUGGCAGAAAUUCAACAGAAGACUCACACCUCAGAUUGGCGUCAGAUUCCCAUUACCGAUAACCCUGCAGAUCUCAUAUUUUGUGGCCAAUCACCCGAAGACUACCUGCGACCAACCAGCACCGAAGUCUGA